AUGACAUCAGACGAAGACAUCAGCAUGACGAAUAAUUCCGACGAUAAGUCCUCUGCAAACCUUGCUGAUCUGCACGAAUUCACCAACGUCGCACACCCAGCACACUCUACAAAGGUUCCGCCACCUCCGCCUCCACCACGUCACCCAACGCAGCCAUUAUCACCAGAUUCUGCACCUCCUUCUUACACUUCUCUGAAUGAUGACUUUAAAGAGUUUCCAAACCAUCUGAUGGCAAGACCUAAGACAAACAUCUUUCUUGACACAGAAAUAAGAGAAAAACUAACAUCCUCACUAAAUCAGUAUAAUCCAGCUAUUGAGUCUACUGCUGAUGCUGAACAAAUCUCGGUUGAUGACUAUAUGUCAAACAAAAGUGACUUUUAUACCGAGAUAUCCAAAAUGGUGAGAAAGCAGAAUGAAUUUGGUGUGUUGUUGCCUUUGAGGUCAGACUUAUUUGAGUCAUACUUGGCCGCCUUUCUAAUGGUGCUAUCACAAAUCCCAAAGUUCAGUAAUCUUAUAUUGAAACAUGAAUUCUUGCUACUUGGAUACAAACCAAAUUGGUGGAAUAGGGAAAAAUGCUCAGAUAAUCCGUUGUUACUACAAGAAGUGCAACGUUUGAUUGCCUUUCUAAAUGGUAAUUCUAACAGAUCAUUUGCGUCCUUAUUCAAUAUAAUCAAUUGUGCAAAUAAGUUGGUUAAUGAAGAAAUUGAAUCUGGAUCUGAUUUCCAGAACUUCAUUAUGGGUAACAUUGUAACUUCAGUAUCAUCUAUUGAUCCCUCUUCAAAGAAGCCCCUUGAAGAUAUGUUCAAAGUAGUUGGAGGAUAUAACACCGAUGUGAGUUCAGGAGAAGAAGAAUAUUACAAUAUACCCAUAACGAAUGAUGAUUUAUGUCCUGACUUGUAUCAAACCAUUCACAGACAGUUUUUCCAAGAUGACAAUGAUAGCUUUUCGGAUCGUAUUUUCUUACAUACACUUCCAGACGUAUUGACAAUCGUGUUUGAGCCCGGCAUGAAUAAUUUGGCUGGUGGAUUCAAGGUUGAAGAAAAAUUUUACCCACAGAUAUACUCUUUGGAACAUAGUGAUAUCCUUCUUAAAGUUGACAAUGAACUACAAAGUAUCAAACUGAGGCAGAGGGAUUUGAUUCAGGAAACUUUCCAAUUAAGAGCUUUCAAUGGUAAAAGUGUCCAGAGGCUAUUAGCAGAAACCUCUAAACAUUUGAAGUCAGAAUCAAUAAAGUUUGGUGAGGAAGAGUUGGAAUUUGAAGAGCAAGGCGGUGAAAGCGGCAAGAAGGGUAACCUAAAUGUUUGUUCCGAAAAAGACAAAUAUUCUGCCGCUGGUCAAAGCAUAGAAAUGAUACUUUCACACGUAGGAGACGUGCUCAAACGUUCCACCGAGGAAAUCAAGACGUUGAAUGAAAGAACCGCCAUUUUGCAGGCCAGUAAGUAUAAUAUUGACAAACUAUUAGAUUCGACAGCAAAAGCGACGUUUGAGCCGUGGGUGCUCACCGGCGUUAUAUUGAAUCCCGUUCAGUUUUACUAUCGUGAAAAGAAAAGUAAUGAUUGGGUUGGAAUUAGCAUUUCUUUCGAAACAUGCAAAAGCUACACAACAUCCAGGCUUUCCUUUGAUGACAUUCAGAGUCUGGCGAAAAAAUACACUGAAUAUGAUUUUGGAGAGGGGAUGGUUUUGGUUUAUGUGAGGGAAUCUGUUUUCUACACUGGGGAGUUUUCUCCGUUGAAUCACACUCUACAAAGUUUCAUUGAUAAAGAUAACGCGAAACUAAAGGAGCAAAUGGAUAUUUUGACUAGAAACGACUUCUCGGACUUUUACGAAGCAAAGAGUACGGUAUCUUCUUCCAAUUCAAGUGUUGUGGAGACAAGCCAGAACGUUGCUAAUGUUCCAAGAUUUGCACCAAGAGCUGCUGUAAGAUUUGCAUCUUUCGACAGAUCCAAGCCUCAUGUUAACAUUGGUACCAUUGGUCACGUCGAUCAUGGUAAAACUACCUUGACUGCUGCCAUCACCAAGGUUUUAUCCGAAAAUGGUGGUGCUGAUUUCUUGGACUACUCUUCCAUUGAUAAGGCUCCAGAGGAGAGAGCAAGAGGUAUCACUAUCUCCACUGCUCACGUCGAGUACGAGACUGGUAAGAGACAUUACUCCCAUGUUGACUGUCCAGGACAUCAAGAUUAUAUCAAGAACAUGAUCACUGGUGCUGCUCAAAUGGAUGGUGCCAUUAUUGUUGUUGCUGCUACUGACGGACAAAUGCCUCAAACCAAGGAACAUUUGUUGUUGGCCAGACAAGUUGGUGUCCAACACUUGGUUGUUUUUGUCAACAAGUGUGACACUAUUGACGACCCAGAAAUGUUGGAAUUGGUUGAAAUGGAAAUGAGAGAAUUGCUUUCUGAAUACGGUUUUGAUGGUGACAACACCCCAGUCAUCAUGGGCUCUGCCUUGAUGGCCUUGGAGGGCAAAAAGCCUGAAAUCGGUAAGGAGUCGAUCAUGAAGUUGAUGGACUCUGUUGACACUUGGAUUCCUACUCCUCAAAGAGACUUGGAAAAGCCAUUCUUGCUCCCAAUCGACGAAGUUUUCUCUAUCUCUGGUAGAGGUACUGUUGUUUCCGGUACUGUUGAAAGAGGUACCUUGAAGAAGGGUGAGGAAAUCGAGAUUGUCGGUGGUAAGGAUGGUGCUGUCAAGACCACUGUCACCGGUAUUGAGAUGUACCACAAGGAGUUGGACCAAGCCCAAGCUGGUGACACGCCAGGUAUCUUGUUGAGAGGUGUCAAGAGAGAACAAGUCAAGAGAGGUCAAAUUUUGGCCAAGCCAGGUUCCGUCAAGGCAUACAAGAAGUUCUUGGCCUCCUUGUACAUCUUGACCAAGGAAGAAGGUGGUAGACACACUCCUUUCUCCGAGAACUACAGACCACAGAUGUACAUCAGAACUACCAACGUGAACGUCACGUUGAAGUUUCCAGACACCGAGGAGGAUCACUCCAAGCAGGUUGCUCCAGGAGACAACAUCGAGAUGGUUGUCGAGUUGUUGUACCCGGUUGUUUUGGAGGUUGGCCAGAGAUUCAACUUGAGAGAAUCCGGUAAGACUGUCGGUACUGGUAUGAUCACCAGAGUUUACGAAGAGUAG